UCAUUAUGUUCUUUACGAGAUUAUAUGAAACUCUCGGACGAGGCUCUGACUCGUGGAAGACUACGUGUUUGGGCACUUCGAGGUUUAAUCGAGAGGAAGGACGCGUGUGAAGCUCCAUUCCGUCGACGUAACAUCGUCGUGAUAAGUUGCGCAACUCCUCGGUGAAUUUUCUCACCGAGCUAUCGAAGCACAGGCAAGAUAUUUUCUCGGAAACUAAGAGUGCUCUUACUUUCGCUUUCUGGAUGCAAUGCGGUAUUGAAUCUAUUCCACUGACCGUACAGCUCGUUUUCUCGCCAACCCUUUUGCCCGUAAAUCAAGUAAGAUGAUGUGACGAUGAGGGGUGAGAAUCAUGAUAUCGUAAGCUACACUAUACUGAGCAGGUUGAGGUGAGGGCUCGAGUCUAGAGUGCUACUAGCUCAAUGCACAUAGCUUCACCGAUAUUUUCACAUGAACAAUCAAGCGACGGAUGGCUAAAAGUGGUAGUUGGUUGGUCUCAUUUCCCUGUCAGCCGUAUUGAGCCUAGCAUGAGUAGGCAAUCUGCUUCUCACGGCAUGCAGAUCCCAAGAUCGAAAUCUUAGGGUUCGAGAAUUGGGUCAUCUGAUGGUCAUAAGAGAUUUGAGUGUGAAUGAGAUGCGCGUGGAACAGAUACGGGAGAAGAUUAUAAUCAAGAACCCACUCAUGAAAAGGUGGCAAUCUAUAGAUAUGCCCACUCCGGCUACGAGCUAGGCCUAACGUUUAGCGUAGAGAUGAUUGCUAGGAAGAAGCAAAGUUCGAUGGAUGGAAGAGAGGAGCAGCACUGAUGCCUUCAAGGGUGGAGCGUUCGUACAAUGGCGACAGUCCCCGAUUGGGAAAGUACACGACGGUCGUAGAUUUGACAUAAAUGUUGGCAGGCGCAUGAGACCAAUCACAGCGUCCUUUAGACGGGUCGUAGUGUCGUACUUUGGAUUCGUCGUACGCAGGGCGUCGUCUCCCAGCUUCAGCCUCGCAGACUCGCAGUCCACGGGCUCUACCGCAUACCGCUGACUGCGUCGUAUGCUCGUAGACCAGCGUCUUGGACGAGGUAGGAUUCCGGUCCCGCGGAAUAAUCCACGCGUACAAGUCAGAGUGCACGGAGCCAACUGUUCUGUCGUGUUCAUAGGUCAAAGGAUGGAAAUUCACCGCUGGUAGUGUGGACAUCGGUGAGGGAGCACGCUACAUUUGUGCCGACAGUUGAAUUCAAUGAAUUUGACGGGAGAUUGUGUCUGCUAUUUUUGUCUCGGACGGCAUAUGAAUGCUCGAUCCUUCCUG